AUGGCGCUCGGUCCACACGCAAAUAGAGAUACCCGUCGUUCGGAGGGCACCGAAAUUCCGCUCCAAAAAUUCCACGCGAAAUAUCACACUCAGCAAGCGGAAGAAUUCCCAAGCAGUCGAGUUUCCACCCGGAUCCGCUCGAAGCUGACUAUACUGGACACGUAUGCCAUUUGCUUUAUCACAAAUUUCCCGGUGGGCAAUCGUGCAAGUGAAAUCCGUGCGGGUCGGGAUGAAUCUACCAGUUGGGCGGUGCAAAUACAAAGCCAGAUAUUAUCAGUUGAGAAGCUUUCGCGAGCAAUUAUGGAAUCCUCUGCGAAGCAAUUUGAGAUGGCCAGAUUUGAUGCUGGUAAGGAGAAUAUGUUCCUUGUUGCCGCUCUUAGGAUACUCGUCAUGACCUGA